UCAAUAUUAACAGCCCAAAGUUGAAAAUUCCCCCUAAAUUUUGCCCAUAAAUCAUCACAAAAAUUUUGGCAACAUAAAGAAAUUUAAAUAUUGCCAAUUUGCCGUAACAUAUCGACUUAACCUCCCAUUUGAUUCCAUUUGACAAAGAAGAAUUAUAAACAAGCAAAAAUCAAGAAAAUUCCAAGAAAAAAAACCCAGACAAUCGAGAAAAGAUGGCAACGAAUCAACAAAACCAAAACCCAGAAAGCCAAUCAUACCCAGAAAUGCCACCAAUCCGUGUUAAGGCAGCACCCACAAGCAGCACAUCAUCGCCAAGAGUGACCGUUUCAACCCCAACUGCCACCGCAACAGGCGCAGCCGCCGAGACACCUACGGCAGGAGCGGCGAGGAAGAUAGCGAUAGCGGUGGAUCUGAGCGACGAAAGUGCGUUCGCGGUUAAAUGGGCUGUCGACCACUACAUUCGUCCUGGUGAUGCAGUUGUUCUUCUUCAUGUUCGUCCUACUUCUGUGCUUUACGGCGCUGAUUGGGGUUGCGUCGAUUUCUCUGCUGCUGCUGGCGCUACUGAUAAUAAUGAGGUGUCGCAUCAGAAACUGGAAGAUGAUUUCGACGCUUUUACUACUUCUAAGGCUGCUGAUCUUGCUCAACCCCUUAUUCAAGCUCAGGUGCCAUAUAAAAUUCAUAUUGUUAAAGACCAUGACAUGAAGGAAAGAUUGUGUUUGGAGGUGGAGAGGCUGGGUUUUAAUGCUGUAAUUAUGGGAAGCCGUGGAUUUGGUGCAUCUAAGAGAGGAAGCAAUGGUAGGCUUGGGAGUGUCAGUGAUUAUUGUGUUCGCCACUGUGUCUGUCCUGUAGUGGUUGUCCGUUAUCCUGAUGAGAAGGAUGGAAAUGAUGGAGAUGAUGCAAUGGUUGAUGUGGCCGAGGCAGAUGAAAAUGUGGUAGCUGAUGAAGAGGAAGAGUACCAUGAUGCUUCAGAUGAACGCAAAGCGACAGCCUGAUCUGAUGCCUGGGAUACGGGUGUGAUUAUUGAGUAGCAGAAAAGGCUUAGCUGGUAUAGGGAGAUCUAUCAACAUGAGCUGGAGCUUGGCUGGCUUAUAAAUGGAGUCUUGGUGCUAUUCUCUGCUACUCCCCUGGAUUUUAUGUUUGUCUGAAUUGGGUUUUUUUUUUUUUUUUAUGUGUAUUAAUUAAUUAGCUUUGCCUGUGAAUUUCUGGUUUAGUUUCAGAAUAUCUCCUGGUCUUUGUAAAACAGUUUGCUGCUGCCUUAAUGCUGAUAUAAAAUAGGUUAUAUUUGAGAUCUGAA